UACUUUUCUGUAUCUCAAGUUCCUGGUAGUGUGGGCCCUAGUACUAUUGGCAGAUUUUGUCCUGGAGUUCAGAUUUGAGUAUCUGUGGCCAUUCUGGCUCUUCAUCAGGAGUGUUUACGAUUCCUUCAGAUACCAGGGUUUGGCCUUUUCAGUAUUUUUUGUUUGUGUAGCAUUCACAUCAAAUAUAAUAUGUCUGCUCUUCAUACCAAUACAAUGGCUGUUUUUUGCUGCCAGCACGUAUGUUUGGGUACAGUAUGUCUGGCACACAGAGAGGGGUGUGUGCUUACCAACAGUAUCAUUGUGGAUACUUUUUGUUUAUAUUGAAGCAGCCAUUAGAUUUAAAGAUUUAAAAAACUUCCAUGUAGACCUUUGUCGUCCAUUUGCAGCACACUGUAUUGGCUACCCUGUUGUGACUUUGGGCUUUGGCUUUAAAAGUUACGUCAGCUACAAAAUGCGUUUAAGAAAACAAAAAGAAGUGCAGAAAGAGAAUGAGUUCUACAUGCAGCUUCUCCAGCAAGCUCUGCCCCCAGAGCAGCAGAUGCUACAAAGGCAAGAGAGGGAGGCAGAGGAAGCCAAAGGAUUGUCUGAUAUAGAUUCCUCAAUACUUCUGCAGCACAAUGGAGGCAUUCCAGCCAAUAAAAAAUUAUCUGCAACAUUGCCAGAGCUAGAAUAUAGAGAAAAAGGGAAAGAAAAGGACAAGGAUGCUAAAAAACACAACCUUGGAAUAAAUAACAACAUUUUGCAACCUGUAGACUCUAAAAUACAAGAAAUUGAAUAUAUGGAAAACCAUAUCAAUAGCAAAAGAUUAAAUAAUGAUCUUGUAGGAAGUACAGAAAACCUCUUAAAAGAGGACUCAUGCACUGCCUCGUCCAAAAAUUACAAAAACGUCAGCGGAGUUGUGAACUCCUCACCUCGCAGUCACAGUGCGACUAAUGGGAGCAUCCCUUCCUCAUCUACUAAAAAUGAGAAAAAACAGAAGUGUGCUAGCAAGAGCCCAAGCACACAUAAGGACUUAAUGGAAAAUUGUAUUCCUAAUAACCAGCUAAGCAAACCAGAUGCACUGGUAAGGUUGGAACAAGAUAUUAAAAAGUUAAAGGCUGACCUGCAAGCAAGCAGGCAGAUCGAACAGGAGCUUCGUAGUCAGAUCAGUUCUCUGACUAACAUAGAGCGGGGAAUUCGAUCUGAAAUUGGACAACUCCGGCAAGAAAAUGAACUGCUGCAGAACAAAUUACACAAUGCUGUACAAAUGAAACAAAAAGACAAACAAAUGAUCAGCCAGUUGGAGAAGAAACUAAAGGCAGAGCAGGAGGCACGAGCCUUUGUAGAAAAACAAUUAAUGGAAGAAAAGAAAAGAAAGAAGUUGGAAGAAGCAACUGCUGCACGUGCUGUCGCAUUUGCUGCUGCUACAAGAGGAGAAUGUACUGAAACUUUAAGAAAUCGUAUCCGAGAGCUGGAGACAGAGUGCAAGAAGCUUACAAUUGACAUAAAGCUGAAAGAAGAUCAGAUACGAGAACUAGAAAUGAAAGUUCAGGAACUGCGCAAGUACAAGGAAAAUGAGAAGGAUACGGAGGUGUUAAUGUCAGCACUUUCAGCCAUGCAGGAUAAAACACAGCACUUAGAGAACAGCCUGAGUGCAGAGACAAGAAUCAAGCUGGAUCUGUUCUCUGCAUUAGGAGAUGCAAAACGGCAGCUUGAGAUUGCCCAAGGGCAAAUCAUUCAAAAAGAUCAGGAAAUCAAGGACCUAAAACAGAAGAUUGCAGAAGUUAUGGCAGUAAUGCCCAGCAUAACAUACACUGCAGCCACCAGCACUCUGAGUCCUGUUUCCCCACAUUACUCUUCUAAAUUUGUGGAGACCAGCCCUUCUGGACUUGAUCCCAAUGCCUCUGUUUAUCAGCCCUUGAAGAAAUGAAUGCCAAUUUUCUUUUUGCCCAGUAAUUUUGUCAUGCUGAAGGCAUCACACAGGAGUGUCUCUUGCAGUCAAGAUGAAAUUGUAUUGUGUGAGACUGUAUUUGUUGUCAUUUAAAACAGGAUAAAAGAACAUCUGGAUUGACUAGAACUGCCCAUCAGUUUUUCUUGUAAAUUUUUAGAAAACCUCACAGAACUUCGCAAUUUAUUUUCCUUGGCCAAUGCAUUAAAAACAAUUCUUGGUUUUCAAGUAGCCAAUUUUGCCUUUUUAUGUACUCUUGCAUGGUUUCCUCUUGAAAAAUACAGGGCUUUGCUUGAUUUUGAACCCUUUCUUCUUUUUUUUUUUUAAUAAUCAAGUUGAAUUUGCAGAUACAUUCAGAAAUAGUGAGGAAAAACCUUUAAUUUUUACAGUGAAAGGGUUAAAUAAUCUAACAAAGCUUUGAUUUAUAGAUGUAUUAAAUGCAAAUAUGUGAUGUUGCAGAAGAUAAUUUGAUUACCCCUCAAAGGACCAAACAAAUUUCAGGGGCGUUGUUUAAGGGAAAGAAUAAGAGAAUAGAUGAUGAUGUGACGGUGGUUGUUGUAUGAAAUAUUUAUAUUCCCAUUGGUGUUUUUAGUCAUUGAGAAUUGGUAACAGUCUUGUUCACAGUGCCUUGGGAAAAGACAUUUCAAGAGGAAACUUGAUAGUUUAAACUAUUUUUUCCCCCUUCACUGUCAUCUAGCUUAUAUAUCAAGCUCAUUACAGAGUCUACUGCAAAUUGUACAUGGUAAUUUGGAUGUUCAUUAUAAAGUAAGGUUACAUCUUCUGUUUAUUUUGAUAUAAACUCAGCAGUGUUCUGUAACUUGCCUUGAUUAUACUGCAUCGUGGAAGGCACAAUAUUAAUGCAGGAAGCGUUAUUGUGAAGGCGGAACUGUGCAAUGUACUGUAUACAAGAGACUGUAAAGCUGGCUAAUAAAAGCUGCAGUUCUGGGUUUUUUU